AUGUCCGUGUGCUUCUUUGUGCAAGCAGAUCAAGCUGGAACUUCAGCAGCUUCUGAUGAACACGAUGGAGAGUGUGUGGAAGAGAUUACACGAUGUGUGGAAGAGAGAGUGGAUAAUAUUCAUACCACAUUAAAUUCCUUUUGGGUGAAAGUCAAUGAGGAUAUGAAAAAAAUUAAUGGGGAAGAUUUUAAAACUCAAGUUCUACCUUUAGCCCGGAUUAAGAAAAUAAUGAAAUUAGACGAGGAAGUAAAAAUGAUAUCAGCUGAAGCACCAGUGCUUUUUGCGAAGGCCGCUGAGAUAUUCAUUCAUGAGUUAACUUUAAGAGCCUGGUCGCAUACAGAAGAUAAUAAGAGACGGACUUUGCAACGUAACGACAUUGCCAUGGCGAUAUCCAAAUCGGAUCAGUUCGACUUCCUUAUAGAUAUAGUGCCUCGACACGAGGUGAAGCCAAGCAAGCCCAGGGAAGAGCCGCCCAGACCCACCCCAUCUACUGAACAGGUAUCACAACACCAGACUACUUUAUCAAAUCAGCCCCAAUUCGUGCUUCAGCCCUGCGCUCAAGUUGUACAGCAAUCAUCAAGUGCAGCGGCAACAACCACUGCCAGCCAGCAGCCCGUCACACUGGUGCAGCAAGUGGUCACGUCCUCCGGUGAUGUCCAGCCUGUGCCUAUCCAGCUGACGCAAGCGCAACUGAACAUGAUCCGGCUGCAGUUACAGAACAACCCCAACCAGCCGAUAGUGAUCCAAGCGCAGCCCCAGCAGCAGUCGCCGCAGCCGCAGAUCAUACAUGUUCCAUCUCAAACGCCACACCAACCGCACCAAAUAUUCCUAGCACAAGUGACGCCGCAGGAAGAGACC